UCCGCACCAGCAGUCACUACAGUCGUUCACAGAGUUCUGCCACUACAGGAAUGUAAGCUAACCAAUUUCUCCAGUUCGCCAUGACAAGACGGUGAUUUCAUACGACAGCCGGCAGCCACGGGAACCAUGUCACGCCAUAAUGCGGUUAACGGAUGCAAACUGGUCGCUGUGCUUCUUCUUUGGUUGGGUUCCUCUGCUGCAGACAAACACACAAGUCGUGCUCAUGCAGCAGAGCACCAGGAGCACACCACACACAGCUCUGUUGGAUUGGAGGACGUGGCGUUAGUGAUCCAGAGUCAGAGGAACUCUUACCAUGCCCGUCGAGCUGGGCAGAGGAAGGAGGAGAUUCUGCAGCAGGCUGCUCAACUGAGACAGGGAGUUCCAGUUGUUCUUCUUCUCCAUGAGCUGUCAGAGUAUGAAGGAGAUUGGAGUAUCCUCCCUGUGCUUCCUCAUCUCUAUGCCAAUUAUGGCCAAUCAGCAUCCUGGUUUUUCUUCAUAGAGGAGGAAACCAGAGUCACACUGCCUGCUCUGCUGCAGGUCCUCCACAGAUAUCAAGCCCAAAAGGAAUGGUUUUUGGGUAAGCAUCUCCAUGACAACGAGGCCUCCAUCAUCCACCACUAUGCCUUCUCUGAAGACCCUGGUUCCUUUAGCUACCCUGACCCUGCAGCAGGCUGGGCUCUCAGCACCCCACUGCUCCAGAGACUCACUGAACGGAUCCAAUACGAGCAUCUGAAGUCAGAUUUUACCAUCGACUUGGAACAUGAGAUUGCGUUGUAUAUUUGGGAGGAAGGAGCUGGUCCAAAGCUGACAGCAGUUCCAGAGUUUUGCACAGAGAGAAGAGAAAACUGUGCUACGACAUUUACAACCUACCUGCCCAACUGUGGUGAUCCAGUGUCGAAGAAAGACGUAUUUGUUGCUGUGAAAACUUGCCAGAAUUUCCACUCAGACCGAGUGCCAGUGGUGAAAGCAACCUGGGAGAAAGACGCUGAGUUUUUAGAGUUUUACAGCGACGUCACUGAUGCCUCCAUACCCACAAUCAGUCUGGGAGUGCCCAAUACUGAGAGAGGACACUGUGGGAAGACAUUUGCCAUCUUGAGGCGGUUUCUGAGCAAAGCUGUGCCAAAGGCUGAUUGGCUACUCAUUGUUGAUGAUGACACACUCAUCAGUUUACCCAGGUUGCGGCGACUGCUGCGUUGCUAUGACCCAAAAGAAGCAGUGAGCCUGGGGGAGAGAUACGGCUACGGCUUGAUUCAGAACGGAUACAGCUAUACCACAGGAGGAGGAGGGAUGGUGCUCAGUAGGGCGGCGGUGUCCAGGCUCAUUUCCAGUGGUUGUAGCUGCUACAGUGAUGAUGCUCCUGAUGACAUGGUGCUUGGCAGGUGCUUCACGUCCCUAGGUGUUCCCAUCACACACAGUCCGCUGUUCCACCAGGCCCGACCAGACGACUACUCUGAGACACUGAUCUCCUUGCAACAGGCCAUCUCCUUCCACAAGCACUGGAACAUAGAUCCCGUGGCUGUCUACAAACACUGGCUGCAGGACACACAUCCACGAGAUGAACUUUAGAAGUAAAGUGCGUAUGUAAAGUGAAUGUAUACUGAUCAAUAGACAAUUAAUUCACAUAUGCAGAAGAGCAAACAAGCAGCCACUACUACAGGAAAUGUAAUAGCCUAGCUACUGUGGAGGUACCAGUCCCUGAAACAUAAUUCUUCUUCUUCCUUAUCUCUGCAUUGAUACAUAUUUUUGAUAUCAACAAUAAUUCAAACGACUGUUUGUAAUUGAAUUAUCACCCAAGUCUCCACAGAUCCUUUUAUUUAAUGGCCUGACACCUGCUGUAUGAUAGAGUCAGAGCAAAAAAACAAAGGAAACUUGCUGAAUGGAUGCUAAUAUGCCUCUGCUGUAUGUGUAAAGGUGAUUGUUUGCUAACAUGUUAGCCAUAACAGCUGUAUAAGCCAUGGAUGUAAGAAUGGUGGUGUGUCUGUCAGCCUGUUUUGAGUUUUUUUUUUUGUCCCAUAGUGGCCAAUUACUGUAAUGCAGCUUUAAUGGAAUCAGACAUUUUCAAAAUUUAAAGUGAAGUUAGCUACUGAAAUCCGUGCUGAAAAAAAACACUUAGGGGCCAAUCAGACUGAGACAAAUCACUGCAGGCACGGCCACUUCAAAAACACCUUGGCACAGCGUUUUGGGCAAAACAGCUGGUGCGCCUGUGGGGCGGGACUGUGUGCGUAACUGGGCAGAUUAAAUAUGAUAAGUGGGGGAAAAAAUGUAUUCAAGCAGACGGUGAGAUCUUUUCAUUGCUGUCUCUCUGAAAGACAAGUAACCGACAUUAAACUAUCACAACAUGAGCUUUGAAUUUCCCUUUUCCCUCUUGUAUACUUCGUACCUCUCACAUCUACCAGCAUCAAAAAAGAAAUGGUAAAGUAGUAAAUGCCCACCUCUUGCCUGAUUCGAUUGGCUGCCUGGGCCAUGUGUGACAUUGAUGAGGGGUGUGACUCUGUGCCUUGCGCGAAAAGUUGAGCAUAUUAGGUUUUUCUGCGCGCCCCAAAAACCGACGCAUUUCUAGCUUGGUGUGAUCGCCCUCUAAGAGUCGGUAGUAUUUCUUCAGGGCUUUGAGUUAUAAUGCGAAGGACAGCAUGCUGACACUUAUGUUUACCGUGCUAAGCACAUAGUUAAGCAAAAGUAAAGUAAAGCAAAGUACCAUGAAUGUCUCUACCAAACCAACAUUUUGGGAAUCAAUCCUAUAAUUAUUGCGAUAUUUGUACCAAAGUAGCGGACUGACUGACUGACGUGAAGCUAGUGUUGACAAAAAUAGUAGGAGGACUUUCAGGUUUUUCUUACGUCAAUGGCAAUUAGAGGGACUGCACGCGGAUUCAGUAUUAAACCACUGCUUCUUUAGAAUUGUGAGAGUGUAUGUGUCACUGCUGUCACUUCAGAUCUGCCAUGACAGCUGCAUAAAAAGUGCCAAUCUUGACAAUACAACAGUUAACAUGAAAUACUAAAAAACAGAUAACAAUACUUAGCAAUGCUAAAAUAAACUAGGAAUACAGAAAAGUAACAAAGAAGUCACCAUAGAAUUUGAUUUCACUGAGACAUAUCAGAUUCCUCAAUUUAAGUUUAAUUUUAACUUCCAACCAGAUAUUACCAUGAACAUUUAUUUCGGUAAUAUUUUUAAUAUAUUGUGGUCAUGUCACUUCCAGAUGAAUGCACUUUUAAAAGAUAGAUUGACAUUUGUGGAUAUAUGGCACAAAUGAGUUAUAUAUAUAUUUCUCAAAAUGUCAAACUCUUCCUGCUUACAUUUUUAUAAAUAUAUAUAUUUUUAGUAACUCUGAAACUGACUUCUGCGUGAAAGGUUUUGUGUACAUGUUUUAUGUAUUUGCCACAUUGGAAUAUGAUUGGGUGAAUGAGUUUAAUAGAAUUUUGUUUUUGGUCUGUGGAGAGCAAAACUGUGCGUACGUUACUGAGUGUCCACAUGUGUAAGAGCGAGAUUACAACCGCAGCUGGCAAACCUGCAUUAAAACGUCAUUCUGCAGCUGUGUUUUUGAAUAUUUAAAGGUUUGUUUGUGCUUGCUGAAAAACUGUUAUUUCCUUAAAUUAAAUGAGAUUUUUUAAAUCAUUUGAAAAUAAAUAUGCAUUGGGUUGAAAUAAA